CGCAGAUCUUCUGCUGUGGGCGGAACGUGGCGCGCUCACCACAGCCUCAGGUCACAGCUACCGUUCCCAUUUCAUUGAAUGGUGGCGACGAAUGCACUUUUUGUAGACUUCGUCAGAGCGCCUUGAGUGCAGGAUGGCAGGUUGAUUGGAGCAAGCAUUGCUCUGGGCUCGCCAAGUAUGGGGGGGCAGGAUGCGCUUGAGGGGUUUGUGCCGGGCGACCACGAUCUCCUCGUGAAGAUCGUCAAGGAGACACAGCGCCGGGGCUCCGCUGGUUCCAAAGGCCCCUGGAAAUCAUUCCUCGCCACUCUUCCCCGGGGGGAUCCCUCCAAGCCGAUUCAGAACGACCCGGCUCGGAGGGACUGGCAGACCCUCGCUGCAUUCUGCGCGACGCUGACCACCGACGAGGACGUCGAUCUCGUGCGGAGAAUGCGGGGGUGGUUCGCAUGGCUCCGAGAGGAAGAGCGGCUGGAGCGGGACGACCCAUUCCCAGAUUCUCCAGAACAGGGCCUUGUAGCCCGCACCCGUGCACACCCCACGUACAAGCAAGCCUACGACCUGCCGGCGUACCAGGAGGGGUGGGCCCUUAGCCGCCGGGGCGGAGUUUCGGACGCGCCUUCCCGGACGCGGCUACUGUCCGUGGAUUGCGAAAUGUGCAAGGCGGAGGGGAAUGCAAAGGAGCUGGUGCGGUUGUCGGUGGUCGAUCAAAGCUUGGAGGUCCUGCUGUCCGAAUUCGUGAAGCCGUCCGCCAAGGUCCUCGACUACCGGACGGAGAUCACGGGCGCGUCCGCCAAGCUCCUGGGGAAAGUGACGUACUCCCACGCGGACGCCCAGAAAGCCGUCCUGGAGUUGCUGUCCGAACCGGGGACGAUCCUCGUGGGGCACGGCCUGCAGCAUGACCUGAGGGCCCUGAGAAUUGACCACCGUCGUGUGAUCGACACUUCCCUGAUUUUCAGCUACCAAGGUCUCCCGACGGCCAUUCCCUCGCUCGGAGACCUGUGUCGAGCUGUCCUGGAGGUGGGCUUUCGUGAGGGCGGUCCCGAGCAAGCGCACGACUCCAUAGAGGACGCCAAGAUCCCCAUGCGCCUGGUGCUUCACGAGAUGAAAAAGGGACCCACGGCCCCGCUGGCCGUCCCAGACUUCAAGGUGGACAAGAGCGAGCUGUCCAAGCUGUUCCUGCAUAAGAUCCCCAAGGGCACUCCCCGGGAAGAUCUGGCGCGCGCGUUUGCAUCAGAGCUGGGUGCCCACGUGCAGAUGGCCACGUGGGGGGCGUCUGGCAUGGGGACCACGUUUGCGCUGUUCAAGAACCCGGAGGUUGCUAACGCGGCGUUCAAGGCGCUCGUGGGAAAGGAGCACAAGGAUGCGCUCGGAAGGGCGCAAAAGAGCGUCACCGUUCUGCCGCCUGCGGACGCGCCAGAGGGGCAGAAAGUGACGUUCACCGUCCGCAAAAUGGGCUGCCAUAACGGGGCGGCAUUUGGUGUCAAGAAGAAGGGGAGCAUAGCGGCCGAGGGCUUAAAGGAUGGGGUUACGAAGCUGGAGAAUGGUGGGAAGGAGAAGGUGAAGAAAGGUUUGAAGGAAGGGGGAAGGAACGAAAAGAUCAAUGGAGUUAAGAAGGGAAAAGAGGCGAGGGGGGAAAAGAUCAACGGAAUUAAGAAGGUUAAAGAGGCGAAGGGGAAGGGGAGUGGAGAGGAUAAUGGUGCGGAGGAGCGGAGGGUUAAGGGCAACGGGUCAAGUGAAAAGGGCGCGCUACCCGAGCGGGUUAAGCAAGACGAGGAGGUCGGGGGUGAGUCUGCGAAGAAGGCGACGAAGCACGGGAAGAGCAGCGCGGAAAGGCGGAGAGCAAAACGAGCGUUGCAACGGGGGGAUGGAGUGGCUGGGGGAGUGAACCGGGAAAAAAUGGAUGGGCAGGAACGGACAGGUUCGGACACGAAGGGAAGGAAAGGGUCCGAAAAGGACGAAAAGAGGGGGAAGGGUAGUGAGAGGAACGAGAAGGAGAAGAAAAGGAAACGGCGGAUGGAAGGAGAGUCAGCGGACGGAGAAGCGGCGAAAGAAAAGGGCUCCAAGGGGAAGGAGUCGAAAAAGAGGAGAGUUUCGGAAGAGGGGGGUGAGAAGCACAAGCGGCGAAGUCUAGAUGGGCUGUUGGAUACGGGGGUGAAGCGGAAGAGGGGGGACGGCGAAGGGCGGGGGGAGAAGCGGGCGCGGCGGAGCGAACCGUCGGCGACUCAGCAGACGCUUAUGGAGAUUCAGAAGCUGCUAGCAAGCGUCGGGAAAAGCGGGGGCAUUCAUCCCAACGGGAAGGAUUCGACCAGCAAGAAGAGUCGAGAAGGGAACGUGAGGAGGGAAUUCAGUGAGCAUCGGAGCAAGUCACGGCGAGGGGAGGAGAAGAGUGGGGAGAAGCGGAGAACGGCUCGCAAGGAGGAGCGGAAUAAGGAUAGCGAGCGGAAAGGGGAAAGUGAGCGGAAAAGUGAUAGCAAGCGGAAGAGAGAUAGAGAGGAGAAGGAAGGGGCAAAGGGAGCGAAAGGUUCGGAGAAGAAGCUGAAACGCGAGCUGGCGAAGAAGGACGAUCAGCUUGCUACGCUGACCAAGUUAGUGUUGGUUAUGGCGAAAACUGACCUAACCAGCGCGUGACCGAACCUCGAAAGCUGCCAUUCGACGGAAAGGUCAAAGGCAUUUCUAUUCAUGUUCGUAACCAUAUUUCAGCAGGUGGGCAUUCGUCGUCAAAGCUCAGAUUUAGCUCUGGCAAUUCUGCACGUGUCCGUGUAUGCAUCACCACAAUCAUAUCAGACGCAGAGCCGUAUAUGUAGUAACGAACCGAUUGCCUAGGCGCUAGUAAAUGCAAGCCUUGGUGAUGAUCUGAGCCGUGGAA